UGGAAAAUGACAUGUUUUUAUUGCUAUGUUUGCAGUGGCUUUUUAGCACAGUAAGAAUGUCCCCGCUGGCCCCCCGCCCUCACCCAGCCCCACCCCUCCAGCCAACGUCAGGGUCUGGGGGAAGCCCUUCUGGGGUCCUCUCGGCUGCCUCGGGAUUGGACGUGACACAGACGGGGGUUAAGUACAGCUGCUACCUGGAAGACUUGAGACAUGGAAAGUGCGUCAGCCUUCAGCUCGCAGGUGGCAGCCGUGGCCGGGAUCCCUUCCCCGGCUGGGGCCCACCUCAGAUCCCUGCAGUCUGCCCAGCGCAGGGGGCAGGGUGUAAGCAAGCCUGAGCAUGCCAGGUGAGCAGCCCCAGAUCCACCCGGACAGAACACGGCAUCCGUCAACUUGUGGGCAAGGGGGGAGUGUGGGGACAGAGACACCCCUCCCCCAGGCAAUGCCGCCCCCCAGCCCUGCCGUCAUCCCCAGCCCCGCCCACCUCCAGCCGCGCCUUUCCUGUUGACUUGACCCCCUUCCAGACACAGAAGGACACCAGCACCCAGCAGGCCAGCAGACACAGGGUCACCUCCCAGUUGAGGACCCCUGGCACCUCCAGCCCCCCAGAGGGCUGCAAGACUUUGCUCCCGGGGGAGGGAGAGCCCAUGAGGGCUGUGCCAGCAGAGGGCAAAGCGACGGAGAGCUGUCCCAGGGGUGGUGCUCCCCCUCGUGCAGCCCUGGAGGCCAGCUGGUCCCUCCUGGGCCCUGCUACUCGCAGACUCGGGCCACGUGUGGAGCCCAGAGAGGGGGACAGGCCGCCCGGCCCAGAGGAGCCCGACUCCCUCCCGGAACUCGAUGACAGGACACUGGCGGUCGGCAGGCUGGUCACAGGCGAGGUCGGCCCGGCGGGCAGCAGCCCGGGCUCCCAGGCGCAGGACGCACGCCUGGGGCGGGGCAGCCUUGGCAGGAAACCGCCACGUGCCCAGCGGCCUCAGGAGAGGGAUUUUCGGGGGAAUGGUGGCAGGACCUGUUUGCGCAGGCGCUGGGAGCCCGAGUGACGUCAUGCGCCGCGGGGGCAGCUUCUUGAGGGCGCCUCAGUCUCUUCCGGGCUGUCCCGGGAUCUCGGGGGCCAGGGCCAGGCCAGCUUGGCGGGAACCAGCCACGUGGGGGCUGCUUGCGCAGGCGCACUGGGCAUCCUGCGUUGCCUUGCGCGCGAAGGGGCGGAGCUUCGUGAGGGAGCCGCAGUCUCUCGGCGGCUGGCGGGGCGGGGCGGGUCGGUGGAGUGUAGGAGCGCGUUGGUGUUGGGCUCUGGGGGACGGCACGGCAGCCAUGCAAGCAGCAGACGGCGACGACGACAACGACGGCGCGGGUGGCGCCGUGGGCGGUUCAGAAGACCUGAGCAGCCAGCAUAGCCCCCGAGCUCCCGACUGCCAGGACAGCUCAGGCUGCCUUGAAGGCCAGGGUGGCAGCGAAGGAGCAGUGGACGAAGCAGCCAUUGCUCUUCUCCGGGCAGAUGGACUGCUGAAGACCCUGGCCUCCUCCAGAUUUCCAUCAACUCCUUCCUGGACCAGCUUGCCCUGGUGGUGGGGAGCAUUCAGCACUUUGGACUCCCACCUCCGCUUAGCUUAGGCUGAAGAAAGGGGACUGAGGCCAAACCGUUUUGUCCCCUACUAAGCAAGGCGUAGGGAAUUGAUACUUGGAGUACUUGCCACUUUAAUAUUGGGAUCUAAUUUUUUGCCUGUACUGGCCCUUGGUAUCUCUUGGUCCACUUGUUUUAUUUCCCCGUUGCUGGAGGAGGGGAUGAUUAAACGUUUGUUACAGCAGAAAAUAAAACUGAGCUUCUAUUUUGU